AUACAAAAAACAUAAAAAAAUAGCUGGAUAUAGAAUGCAAAUAAAUUAUGAUAUUCACAUAUAUGUCUAUUAAAAGACAUGAUUCUCGGUAAAACUUAAUAUGAGUACUGAGACUAAUAAAGAUUGGAUUUUAUGUCGGUCAUAUAGGUUCCCUCAUAAGUUUUAUUAUUUUAAUAUUCACAAUGGAGAAUCUAAAUGGGCCCAUCCAGAGAAAAAGACGUUACUGAAUUCAGACAAGAGUAAAGUAAACUGUGAUAACCCUAAUAUUAAUUUAAACAGUGAUGUUGAACCAAAUAUUGAAACUGUUGCUAGCCUCCUCACUUGUCGAGGCCUGGACAAUAAUCUUGAAAUGAACUGUAACAAGUCACAAAAGCAGGAUAACCAACAAUCACAAAAAUUUGUAUCUAGUGAAAAAACUUUUCUACUACAUUCACAAAUUCAUACUCCCUCUACAACAAAAGAAAACAAACAAAAAUUUCAACAACAGAAGAAAAAAGAAAAGAAAACAAUAGCAAAAAACCAUAGAUCUUUCUCCCCACCGCUUUUGAAAGAUAGUGAAGGCAGGUAUGAUGAUAAUACAUUAAAUGGUUUUAAAAUUGGACAAAAAUCUUUUAGAAUGUAUAACAGACCUGGGUAUAACAAACAACGAAAAGUCAUAUGGGAUCCUUAUAUAAAAUUCCAUUCAUCAGACAACCAAAGUGAAGAUUUUACCAAAGAAGCACUAUCAUCAAUAACAAAUAAAAUGGAAGAUAUAAAUCUACUCAGUUGUUCCAAUAAUAUACUGACAGGUGAAAAAGAAUGUGAUAAUUUCAUCAUGCAACAUGACUUGAAGUGGUUUAUUUUCCGAGAUGAGCCACAAAAUGAAGAGAUGGUCAGAUUUCAAACAUUUGGACAGAAUGGAAUGGGAAAGGCAUUGAAGAAAAAUAUGGCAAAAAUGAAACAUGAAACAAAAGAUACUUGUUUUAUUGUGAUUGAUUUAAAUGUAAUGCUCAGUGACUUUCAGUUUAUUAACGACAAAGUGUUGCAAGAUACAAGAUAUCGUUUAGUCAUACCCAAUGCAGUGAUAACAAAGUUGAGGAAUUUAGCUGAAAUGGAUCAUAAAAGUCAUCAACUGAUGGUGACCGCACAGAACUUGAUUUGGAAAAUACCAACACAAUCACGGCAUAUAAUAUUAGAACCAGAACAGCCUUUAACACAAACAUCACAACAAAUUAUAAGUUGUUGUAAAAAAAUUAAAAACCUAGAUUAUAAUUUGAUUUUAUUAACAAGUGAUGCCGAUCUUUAUGCUAGUGCUUUUGAUCAUAAUUUGAACUGCUAUAUGAUACAAGAUGUUAAAAAAGGAUUAUGUGGACAAUUAUUUAAUGACUCUAAUAUACGAGAAGAAAAAGAUAUUAAUAAUAAUUUAUUCUUACAAAAACUUGAAGACAUAGAACCUUUCAAUUUUUCUCAAUUAACAAGCGAUGUUAAUGAAAAUUUUCCAUUUUUUAAUGAUUUUGAUUGUGAACAAGUGGAAUUAAAAGAGACUGUGUAUGAAAAAUUGAAAAAAUACAGUUUAAGAAAUCGUCAUAUGGCAAGUCUUAUAAUUUUACGUGCCGAAGACUAUAUGUGUACUUUUACACAAAUUAUGGAAACAUUUAUGUUAGAUUUAUUACUGAAUGAGAACGUUAGUUGUGAUUUCUGCACUAUUCCGCAGGCUGUAGAUGCAGUAGCUCAGUUGUAUCCAUACUCCAAAUCUAUACAAAUAGUCGCUUAUAGAAUGUCAGCUUUGUACAAUUUGAUUAAGCAAAAAAAUAAACUUGAAACAAAAUACAAGGCAGACGUUUUGAUAAAGAUGGUUGGCUGUGGAAUGAUUUUGGUGGAAUCUAUAAAGGCCUUCAAACCUAAUUCAGAGAUUAUGUCGGAAACGGAAUAUUUGUUGGUGAAAUUACUACAAAGUAUUGAAAAUCCAAAUAGAUUUGAAAACGAUUUGGAACAAUCGAAAAUAGUAAGGAAAUAUAAUAAUAGCGAAACAUCGUAUGAAGACUAUGACAACAGACCUGCUGAAGAUUAUUACAACGAACAUUUAACUGAUGUGAAUGGAAAUGAAGAUAUAUCAAAACAACCAGUAAGUAUGGAGGAAAUCAAUUUAAUAUUAUAA